AAGAACAUCAACAAUUAAUUAGUAGCCUAGCUAGGGUUUUCAGAACUCCCCUUCAAUCCUCUUUUCCUUCCUUUCAUCUAUUUCAGAUGAGCUCAAGUAGCAAAAAUGGCAGUUGCUCUAUAGGAAAGGCAAGCAGACAGUAAUAUUCUCAACUACAAGUUCAUAAAAAUCAGCUGUAGCAGUUGCUUGUGAUGGGCAGUGAAGCUUCUUCUAUUGAAUCAGCAAACCCUAAUUCUUCCAACAUGGAAGAAGAAGAUGAAGAACGGGAAAGUAAGAACCCUAAGAGUUCAGGAUCUGUGAGGCAGUACAACAGAUCCAAAGCUCCAAGGCUUCGAUGGACUCCAGAUCUUCAUAUGUGCUUUGCUCGGGCAGUUGAAAGACUUGGAGGACAAGAUCGAGCAACGCCUAAGCUUGUUCUGCAACUAAUGAACAUUAGGGGACUCAGCAUCACACACGUCAAAAGCCAUUUACAAAUGUAUAGAAGUAAGAGGAUUGAUGGUUCUGGCCAAGUUCCCUCUAUCAUAAAGAACUUGAAAGACAAAAAUCUUUCUAUGAAACACAAGAAAUGAUCAGAUCAUGGAGAGAAGAAGAUAGUGAAAUCUUACCAGAUCUGACUUUAUCUUUAAACAUUAAUGCACAAAGGAAGGAAGGAGAAGAGGUGGAAUGCAGUCUAUCUCUCUCCUUGUUAUCUCCUCCUCUCUCAAAGCUAGAAGAAGAAGGGUUCAGCAAGACAUGCUCAAAGAUUAGCAAAGUGAAGGAGAAGGAUCUGCAUAUAAAGAUGACAAGUACUCUAGAUCUGACUAUAUGAAUUUUAUAAAGCACAUGUUUGGGAAGGCUUUUUUUAGUGCUUUUUAAAUCAGUUUUGUAGUAAAAUAAUUAAAUUUUUGUACUAAAAAACUGUUUUAAGUAGCAUACGAAAAGCCAUCACAAAUAAAAUCUAAGAGAUGUAACAGACAUUUGAUUCUAUCUAGUAUUGAUUUCUGAGCUAGCUUUGAUAGUUUGUGUAUCAGAUCAUUUCUUCCAGGUUUGUAGC